AUGCAUCCCCAUCUUGUCGGCGAGAGCAAGCAGCAACACUGCGCUGACCUGAUCCGAGCGCUAGAGGACUGCCACGCAAGGGGUUGGUGGACCAAGAUUACCGGAGGAUGCAAUGGCAUCAAGGAGGACCUCAAUCUCUGCCUGAGGGCCGAGCGCAUCGAGAGGACCAAGAACCAUAUCCAGCAGUCAAAGGAAAAGCGGAAGAAGACCGAAGAGAUCUGGAAAGCCAUCGACGACGAGUCGUGA